GGGCGAGACCCGGGAGCGGCCGCCGCGGCCAGUAGCUGCCGCCGCCUCCGCCGGCCCCUUCACCGGCUGCCCGGGUCAGACCUAGCCGGGAAGGGCGAGGGGGGAUGCCGCUGGGGGCCCCGCUCCGGUGCCGCUCCCCGUGAAGGGCCGAUCUCCCACCUCGCCGCCCUCCGCGGCAGCCAAGACCGCCGCCACCCAGACCUCUCGGGUGCUUGUGAAGCUGAACACAGAAGCAUGGAUAUGGGAAACCAGCACCCUGCUAUUAGUAGGCUUCAGGAGAUCCAACGGGAAGUCAGGAGUAUAGAGCAGCAAGUGGUUGGCUUUAGUGGCCUGUCGGAUGACAAGAAUUACAAGAGGCUGGAGCGGAUUCUGACGAAACAACUCUUUGAAAUUGACUCUGUGGAUACAGAAGGAAAAGGAGACAUCCAGCAAGCUAGGAAGAGGGCAGCACAGGAGACAGAACGCCUCCUCAAAGAGUUGGAGCAGAAUGCAAACCACCCACACCGGAUUGAAAUCCAGAAUAUCUUUAAGGAAGCUCAGGCCCUUGUGAAAGAAAAGAUUGUGCCCUUUUACAGUGGAGGCAACUGUGUGACCGGCGAGUUUGAGGAAGGCAUCCAGGACAUCAUUCUGAGGCUGACACAUGUUAAAACCGGAGGGAAGAUCUCCUUGCGGAAAGCAAGGUACCGCACACUAACCAAGAUCUGUGCGGUGCAGGAGAUCAUUGAAGACUGCAUGAAGAGACAGCCUUCCCUGCCACUUUCUGAGGAUGUGCAUCCUUCUGUCCCCAAAAUUAACUCUGUGAUGUGUGAGGUCAACAAGGCCAGGGGCACUCUGAUCGCACUCCUGAUGGGCGUGGACAGUUCUGAGACUUGCAGGCACUUAUCAUGUGUGCUGUCAGGACUGAUUGCUGAUUUAGAUGCUCUGGAUGUGUGUGGGCGUACAGAGAUCAGAAAUUAUCGGAGGGAGGUGGUGGAAGAUAUCAACAAAUUACUGAAAUAUCUAGAUUUAGAAGAGGAAGCUGACAGCACGUAUGCAUUUGACCUGGGACAGAACCAUUCCAUUAUAAAAAUAGAAAAUGUCCUCAAGAGGAUGAGAGAAAUCAAAAAUGAACUUCUCCAGGCGCAGAGCCCUCCUGAAUUGUACCUGAGGUCCAAGACAGAACUGCAGGGCUUGAUCGGACAGCUGGAUGAAGUGAGUCUUGAGAAAAACCCCUGCAUCCGGGAAGCCAGGAGAAGAGCGGUGAUCGAGGUGCAGACCCUGAUCACAUACCUGGACCUGAAGGAAGCCCUUGAGAAGAGGAAGCAGUUCCCAUGUGAGGAGACCCCCCCACAUAAGGCCGUGUGGGAUGUCCUUGGAAACCUGUCAGAGAUCCAGGGCGAAGUCCUCUCAUUCGGUGGAAAUCGAAGUGAUAAGAACUACAUUCGUCUGGAGGAGCUACUGACCAAACAGUUGCUGGCUCUGGACGCUGUUGACCCACAGGGGGAAGAGAAGUGUAAGGCUGCCAGGAAACAGGCUGUGAAGCUGGCCCAGAACAUCCUCAGCUACCUUGACAUGAAGUCUGACGAGUGGGAGUACUGAAGGGCCAGGAGCUGAUCUCGGUGGUUUGCACUUGAUCUCCUUAGAGAGCUUUCUGCUCAUGGAGCCUAAAUGUGAUUUCUAUGUGCAUAGUCAAUCUCAGUAUUUAUGAUUUAAUCAAAUUAUAUUCGGUAUUUCUGCUGCUUUUGAUGUUGCGAAACGAAUAUCAUUAUAGCACGUUACCUUUUCCAUCUGGCUCCCUCUCCUUACGAUGUGUGGUUUGUGUCUAUUUUGUGUGUUUUAAUGGGAACAUGAAAUGGGCAGCAUUCCUCAGUUUUAAAGGGUUGUGCAAGCAUUAAAUGCAGAAUUUAAGAGUCUAGAGACAGAUCAGACUUUUCUAACUGGCCAAAUUAAGAGGAGGAGGAAAUUCUGGGGUUGAAUGAAGUCUGAACAUAAAAGCAGCGCAGAGCUAACGCGAGCUGGGCUUCACAGUCACGGGCCUGCCUGCCCGGUGGCCUGCCCGGUGGCCUGCCCGAUUUUAAUGGGGUAGGGUUUUUGUUUGGAUGGUCUGUUUUGUCAUAAACAUUUUUGCUUGAAAAAACUCUGUUCCCCUGUGCUUUUCAUUUUAGAGGGGGGAGUCUUGUAUACAACACACACAGACUUAAUGAGCCUAACGGCCUGAGGUUGAAACCAUGCUUAGGAAGGGGCGGGACAUCACCUAUGAUGCCUUCAAGCAAUUUUUGCUUGUGUGAUCUCAACCUAAAAUUCUCCUUAUUAGCUUAUAAGGAUAGGGAACAUUGAAAUGAUGCCAGUGGACCCUUAGAGAAAAAAAAGAGCAUCACUCUACCUGUAACUGCAGGAUGGAGGUCGUAGUGUGCGGUGUCAGGUUACCCCAGAGCUACCAGGAACAUUUACCUGUAUCAUAAAUGAGAUGGACUCCUCCUCCGUCUGUCCAUCAUAGCUGGGAGAGAGACAAGCCUGUUAACCACAACAUUUUUUACACCAUGAUACGAAACACUACAGUAAAUCCAAGGGACUGGUCUCUGCAGCCAUCAGACAAAGUUAACUGCAGCUAGCAGUUAAUAAUCACCUGUACCUCCUUGGAGUGUUGGGUACCUGCUGAUGUCAUAGCUCAUACUGACACUAGGACUCCUGCCUGAAAAUUCAUCAGAACCUGUUAGCUAUAUAAAGGGUUCUAUUAUUUUAUCCUUCUGUGUGUUUCCAUGAAUAUUUUCUAAGUAGCCAACACUCUGGUUGUCUAUUAAUGCAAACAAACUCCCCAAAAUUCUGCAGCACUUUGAUAAUGCAGGCCCCAACGUAACUAACAGACCCCAUUCCAUGUUCCCAUCUCAUUGCAUGAUCCUAUGAGAGCUGACCUUUUCAACUCUGACAAGCUGUGGUUUAAUUUGGAAAUUUUCUUGCAAGGAAAUUGUCUUUAAACAGCUAAAAGUAUGACAGGCGAAUGAUAGCUAAAGUGAUAAGCACACAGCCCCAUGCUCAUGUGCACCAUCUCAUCCACAGCCCUUUACAGCUCUCCUACUGGGAAUGCUGUUCAACACUGGGUCCUGUGGGCUUCGGUCCACUGCGAUCCCUGGAAUUGUCAGUUUGGCCAGAGCUGAUUGGUGCUGCUUCUCUGUGUCCUCGCUUUAGCUCAAGUCUGACUAAAGGUCCUUACACUGAGCUCUGGGGACCACUGUACAUACAAGUCACUUCUAGCUGUGUCGCUUUCACCGCUUACUAAUUCUUUAGCUUCAUUUUGAGAGUCAGCCUUUUUUCUCAAAGUGACCAUUGUCCUGUUGGGGCAGAUUUUGGUCUCUUUAAAGUAGCAUUUCUAUAACCUGCCAAGACAUCCCACGCUGCUGAGCCUGGAGCCUUGUGUAGCGAAAGAGGCUUUUCCCAGGCCAGCGGGGUUUCAGAGUGCAUCCUCUGGGUCCUGGAGGCGGGCGGUCACAUGACCUUGUGUGGCCCUUGGAGUAAGCUUUGUCUGCAUCACAGCUCCUUGGACCCAGUUGUUUACAAAGAAUAAGAGCGAAGUUCGGACUGAAGUUUCUUGUCCCUCUUGGGAGUCACGUGUGUCACUGGGCUGCUUCGUGGGUUCAUCGCUGUGACGGUUUCAGGAUCGGAAGGGAAGAAACUUCUACGAGUAAAACCUUCCCGAGAAGCGUGCCCUUUGCCAGCAUUAAACCACAUCAAUCCUGUUUCUGAAAAGAAGUAUUCGCUGCCUUCACCAAAAUUCAGAUAGCUUUGCCUUCAGUUCAUUCUUUGACCACCUAGAUAAAAGUCUUAAGACAAAGUCCCUGUUAAAUGUG